GAGUACCUGAUCGGACGCUGUUUGCUCCAACUGUCUCCACUCCAAGUGCCAAGAAUAGACUCCGCUUGAAAAAAAGGAAAAGAGGGGAAAAGAAAAAGCCCGUGCUUAUAACGCCCGGCUGGCCGUGAGGGAGGAAGUGACAUGUUCCCUUCCACUCACUACACACACUUGGAGAGAUUAGCGCGCUGGCGGUAAUCUGGUUUCAGGACCACGGACAGAGACUCCGUUUGCCAACGGAUCCGCGCCAAAGUUCCCUACGAGGCGCGCUGCGGACCCCCCGCGGAGACCUCCGGGGGCCGGGAAGUUCGUUUGGACCUGAAGAACUCGGCCGAAGGACGGACAGAACAAUGUUUGCUCGGCUGAAUUGACACAAAGGCGGUUGAAGCAGAUUAAACCUCCGGCAACAGAUCCCGGUACACGGGGAGCGGCGGGUUAAAGCGGGCCAGUAAAAUCAAGUUGCUUUUUAAUUUUUUUUUUUGUGUGUGUGCAUGUGUGAGUGAUAAGGACGGGGCGGAGGGAGUAAAGGAAAAGGCCGUGCGCUCAAUCGGGGGCGUGCAAAUCGCGCACGUUGGUCGGAUCCUGGAGUCGUGAGGAUGGAGAUCCGGCCGGACAGGUUUAAACUCGUGGCAGCCAAGACUCUGGGGAAGAUAUACGGAGCUCUUGAGAAGAAGCAAGAAAAUGGCGAGACCAUCGAGCUGUCGGCGGAGGGCCGGCCGGAGCUGGUGGAGGAGAAGGAGCUCCCCGUGGUGGACUGCACGUGCUUCGGCCUGCCCCGGCGCUACAUCAUCGCCAUCCUCUCGGGCUUCGGCUUCUGCAUCUCCUUCGGCAUCCGAUGUAAUUUGGGCGUGGCCAUCGUCAGCAUGGUCAACAGCCACACUGUCUUCAGGGACAACAAGGAGGUCAUAGUGAAAGCUCAGUUCGACUGGGAUCCAGAGACAGUGGGAAUGAUCCACGGCUCCUUCUUCUGGGGAUACAUAAUAACCCAAAUCCCAGGAGGGUUCAUCUGUCAAAAGUUUGCAGCAAACAGGGUGUUUGGCUUUGCGAUAGUGGCCACGUCGUUCCUAAACAUGCUCAUCCCUGCUGCGGCACGCACGCACUUCGGCUGUGUUAUCCUUGUCAGAAUAUGCCAAGGGCUUGUGGAGGGUGUUUCCUAUCCAGCCUGUCACGGCAUUUGGGCCAAAUGGGCGCCACCUCUUGAAAGAAGUCGCCUGGCCACAACCGCCUUCUGCGGUUCUUAUGCUGGGGCUGUGAUCGCCAUGCCAUUAGCUGGGAUCCUGGUCCAGUACUCAGGGUGGUCAUCUGUCUUCUACGUCUACGGAAGCUUUGGGAUCAUGUGGUAUUGCUUCUGGUUCCUGGUGUCUUAUGAAAGUCCAGCAGCCCAUCCCACCAUCACUGAGGAGGAGAGAACUUACAUCGAGGAGAGCAUCGGAGUGACGGCCCAACACGCAGUCACGAAAUUCAACACGCCGUGGAGGUGCUUCUUCACCUCCAUGCCGGUGUAUGCCAUCAUCGUGGCCAAUUUCUGCAGAAGUUGGACUUUCUACCUGCUCCUCAUCAGCCAGCCCGCGUACUUCGAAGAGGUGUUUGGCUUCGAGAUCAGCAAGGUGGGCAUAGUCUCCGCGCUCCCCCACCUCGUCAUGACCAUCAUCGUGCCCAUCGGGGGCCAGCUCGCCGACUAUCUGCGCACCAACCAGAUCAUGACCACCACUAACGUCAGGAAGCUUAUGAACUGUGGAGGGUUCGGGAUGGAGGCGACCCUGCUGCUGGUCGUGGGCUUCUCUCACACCAAAGUUGUUGCAAUCACGUUCCUGGUGCUGGCCGUGGGUUUCUCUGGCUUCGCCAUCUCAGGCUUCAAUGUCAACCACCUGGACAUUGCACCGCGGUACGCCAGCAUCCUCAUGGGCAUCUCCAACGGCGUGGGCACUUUGUCCGGAAUGGUUUGCCCGCUGAUCGUUGGUGCCAUGACAAAGCAUAAGACGCGGCAGGAGUGGCAAGGAGUGUUUCUCAUCGCCUCGAUGGUCCAUUACGGAGGUGUUAUAUUCUAUGGACUCUUUGCAUCCGGAGAGAAGCAAGCCUGGGCCGAGCCGGAGGAGCAGAGCGACGAGAAAUGCGGCAUCCUGGAUGAGGACGAGCUCGCAAACGAGACGGAGGAGCUGUACCGCACGAGCGGCGGGGGAGGCUACGGCGCCAUGAACCAGGGAGCGGACCCCAACGGAGCCGGAGGCGCGGGGGGAGGAGGAGGAGGAGGAGGAGGCUGGGUCUCCGACUGGGACAAAACCGAGGAGUACGUCCAGCCGGGAACCAAUAAUUACCUUCACGAAGGAGGAGGGGGAGGCCGAGAGUUAACAUAAAAGCUGCUGCACACCACAGAGGCAGAGCUCCACUUUGAAUGUGCGGAUGAACCAUUUCUUCUGCAAGCCUGACAAUGUCAUGAACUGGAUCCAAAGAGACUCCACAGCGGAGGUGAAGACAUUAGUACAUGUAAAGCGUGUGUUUGCGUCGUGUGACAGACGGGCCUAAGUGUGAGUGCAUUAGGAUUUUUCACCUCCCCGGCAUUUUUCUGGGGGGAGUGGAGAGGGGAGCAGGUCGUGUUUUAGGCGUGCUGUGGCUUUCUUUGGUGUUCAUUCACUGUAAUAAUAGUAGACGUUUCUAUAUUAUCUGACGGUAUUUCAUUCGGAUGCCUCUCACUUUAAUCACCACGGAUCACUCGGCGCACUAAAAAAAGAUAAAAUCUGGUUUUCACACAAUGUCAUUAAGGUCAUUUAUGAGCCUCGUCUUUAAUGUGCACACUUUUAAGGAAACGCAUGCUUCUCGUGCCAAUACAAGGAAAUGUUUUGCUCUGUAGUAUUGGUUCACACAUUUGCAAAGAAAAUAAUGGCAACACCUACAAAUGUUCCCGCACACAGCUUCGUGUGAAGUCUAAAUAGCCCAUGCUGAUAUUUUUAGAUGCAGCACUUUGAUUUCCUUGUGCAAAAAUGUUUUAUGUACCAGGCCUCGAACCUGUCUGCCUGCUGACAAACUGGGGAAUAAAAAAAGCCUCAUGUAACCCUGGGAGAGAUGUUACUAUCCAGAGUAGCUGCAGACACUUUCAUCUGUUUUCCUCCCAACUGUCCGACGUCAGAGCUCCUUUCAACAUGAACUACUAGCAAUACGUGCGUCGUCGAUUUUACUUUCUGUUACUGUUGUGUAGGAGUGUAAAAACCAGCCUCCCACCACACAUUUCCUUCACAAGGAACACCGAGCCGAGGCCGUUGUAUGGUGCAAGUUGUGUAGCUUAUGUCGAAAUAAAACAAAUUGCCGUGGUGUAGAUGUCAGACAGUCAGUCACGUUUAAUGGUGGACUUUUCUUUUUUAUGGCAGCGAGCCGACGGUACGUUAAAAGAAGAGGAACCUGGCUGAUAAUGGACAACAAUACAACAUAAUUCACUGUACAUGAGCAUUAUGAUUUACUUGUUUUAGUAGAUGUCGUAACGUUUCUAGGCAGCCCAAAAAUGAAGGUUAAGGACUUAAAAAGAUCCCUGUGUUAGAUCACAGAAACGCUUGCAUAGUUCACGGGCAAAUUAAAUAGCCUCAUAAAUGUUAAGGUUUUUACUGUCAUUUUUCAUUUAUUUUAUUGUUAAAUGUUUUGUUCUGGAUUGUUAACUAAAAAUGUAUAUGUAAAAAUGUACAUGUACAUGUAUUGUAUAAUAAAAACUAGAGGGGAAAAUUCCUGCACAAUAAUUAUA